AACAGCAAGAAGCGUAGCAAAACGUUGAAGAAGAGAGUGUGCCACUCGGUCGGUGCGGUGUUUUUCUCUCUUCCUGUCGCGAUUUCCUCGUCGAACUGCUCAGCUCUAUUCUCCGUGCCCGGUCCGUGUUUUCUGCCCUAUAUCGUAAAGUACAACACACACACACACGCACACGCCUAUUUCUUCCCUUUCCAUGCGCCUUUUGUACGGCAAUCGACGUCUAGCGCCCGCAGUCUGCGUUCAGUACUUCCAGCACACCACAGCAGCACCAGCAACACCGCAAGCAGCAGCACCGCGUCCAUACAGUGCCGGACGGUGGAACGAUUCCGUCGCCACCGCCGCGAAACAGUGCUAUUUGUUCAACUCACCGUCGGCGGUCACGUCACCAGCGGCAGCAGCACCAGCGACAGUAGGUCUCACGUCGGCGUGGCAACGGUACCGAUUGCGUGAACAACGAAACACUCCCCCCCGCUCCCGCGUUUCCGCGUACGUGCAGCGGCAACAAUCGAGCAGCGGUUGCUUCGUGCAUUACGCUCCCAAGCAAUCAUCCGGUGUGUGGUCCGCAGUGGUGCGUCCGGUUGUGUACGGGUGUGACGGAAACAGUGCCAGAACCGUGUCCUGCUGUGCUCGAGAGACACAGCGUCGCUACAGCAGCACCUCCACCACCAUCGACGGCAGUGACGUGUGCGAAACAAGUGAAUACAAAAUGUCCGCAACUACCGGCAAGCCCAAGUUUCAGCGCCUGCCCACGAACGUGGUGCCCGAGCACUACCGGCUGACGCUGAAGCCCAACCUGACCGCCCUCACGUUCGAGGGUAACACCGCGGUGGAGCUGAAGGUCGUGGAAGCAACGGAUCGCAUCACGCUCAACGCACUGGACCUGAAGCUGGGCACGGCGACGGUUUCGUUCGGCGACCAGCAGCUCACCGCCCAGGACAUACAGUUCGAUGCGGGGCAGGAAACGGCCUGCUUCGUGUUCGGGGCGGAAAUCCCGCCCGGCAGUGCCACCCUGGCGGUUGAGUUUAGCGGCGAGCUGAACGACAAGAUGAAGGGCUUCUACCGCAGCAAAUACUUCUCGCCGACCGGGGAAGAGCGGUACGCCGGUGUGACACAGUUCGAGGCAACGGAUGCGCGCCGCUGCUUUCCCUGCUGGGACGAGCCGGCCAUUAAGGCCACGUUCGAUAUCUCACUGAUUGUGCCGACCAAUCUGGUGGCUCUGUCGAACAUGCCCGUGGUGGAGGAGCGCCCGGAACCGUCCGACAACACGGUGCACUUCAAGUUCGAUCGGACACCGGUCAUGUCCACCUAUCUGGUGGCGGUCGUCGUCGGCGAGUACGAUUACGUCGAGGACCGGUCGGCGGACGGUGUGCUGGUGCGCGUGUACACGCCGGUCGGUAAGCGCGAGCAGGGCCGGUUCGCACUGGACGUCGCCACAAAGGUGCUGCCGUACUACAAGGACUACUUUAACAUUGCCUAUCCGCUGCCCAAGAUGGAUCUGAUUGCGAUUUCCGACUUUUCGGCGGGCGCGAUGGAAAACUGGGGCCUCAUCACGUACCGGGAAACGUUCGUGCUGGUCGAUCCGGAAAAUACGUCGCUCAUCAGGAAGCAAUCGAUCGCGCUGACGGUGGGGCACGAGAUCGCGCACCAGUGGUUCGGCAAUCUCGUGACGAUGGAAUGGUGGACGCAUCUGUGGCUGAACGAAGGGUACGCAUCGUUCGUGGAGUUCCUGUGCGUGGAUCACCUGUUCCCGGACUACGACAUCUGGACGCAGUUCGUGACGGACAUGUAUACGCGGGCGCUCGAGCUGGACUGUUUGCGCAAUUCGCACCCGAUCGAGGUGCCGGUCGGGCAUCCGUCCGAGAUCGAUGAGAUCUUCGACGAGAUCAGCUACAACAAGGGCGCGAGUGUGAUCCGCAUGCUGCACCACUACAUCGGCGACGAGGACUUUAAGCGGGGCAUGAACCUGUACCUAACGCGCCACCAGUACAACAACACGCGCACCGAGGAUCUGUGGAAUGCGCUGCAGGAAGCGAGCAGCAAACCGGUGGGCGCCGUUAUGUCCACCUGGAUCCAGCGGAUGGGCUUCCCGGUGGUGCAGGUACGGUCGUCGAAGCAGCUGGAGGGCAAUCGGCGCGUGUUGAGCAUCGCGCAGUCCAAGUUCUGUGCGGAUGGGUGUGAAUCGCCGGAACAGUCGCUGUGGAUGAUUCCGAUCAACGUGUCGACGCCGUCGUCGGGCAAUGCCGUUUCGACCGUGCUGGAAACGGCGACCGCUGACAUUACGGUGGAGGGUGUCGGAGAGCAGGACUGGGUGAAGAUCAACCCGGGCACGAUCGGGUACUACCGGACGCAGUAUCCGGCGGAGAUGUUGGAGCAGUUUUUACCUGCGAUCAAGAACAUGACGCUGCCGCCGCUCGAUCGGUUGGGGCUGAUUGACGAUUUGUUUGCGCUGGUGCAGGCAGGCAAGAGUUCCACCGUUGAUGCCCUGAAGGUGAUCGAUGCUUAUCGAAACGAGAACAACUACACCGUCUGGUCGUCGAUUUCGAACUGUCUGGCCAAGCUGCAGCUACUGUUGGCGCACACGCCGGCCGAGAAGCAGUUCAGCGAGUACGGCGUUCGCCUUUACCAACCGGUCGCGGAAAAGCUUGGCUGGGAUGUGAAGCCAGGCGAGAGCCAUCUCGACACGCUGCUGCGCUCGCUCGUGCUUGGUCGACUCGUGUCGUUCGGGUGCCCAAAGACGGUGGCAGAAGCGAAGAGAAGAUUCGAAGAACACGCCCAAAACAAGAGUGUCCUUCCCGCCGAUCUGCGCAGCACCUGCUACCGGGCAGUGCUCCAGCACGGCGAUCUGGCCACGUACGACGAAAUGCUGCGCCUGUACCGAGCGACCGAUCUGCACGAGGAGAAGGAUCGCAUUUCGCGCGCCCUCGGCUCGAUCGGCAACGUCGACAUACUGCGCAAGGUGAUCGAUUUUGCGAUGUCGGAGGAGGUGCGCGCCCAGGACUCGGUGUUCGUCAUCGUGUCGGUCGCCAUCAACCCGAAGGGACGUGACAUGGCGUGGGACUACUUCUGCGAGCACUGGCAGGUGCUGCUGAACCAGUACGAGGGUGGUUUCCUACUGGCCCGGCUGAUCAAGUACCUGACGGAGAACUUCUCGACCGAGGAGCGGGCGAAGGAGGUGGAGCAGUUCUUCCGCGAGCACGAUUUCCCCGGCACCGAGCGGACCGUGUCGCAGUCGAUCGAGACGAUCCGGCUGAAUGCGGACUGGAUGCGGCGCGAUCUGGACGCAAUUUCCGCCUAUCUGAAGCAGCAGGAGGCGGAGGGACACUAAACCCCCCCCCCUGGUUUGGGGAGUACAGGGAGGGAAGAUUCGCACACGAUUCAAGGCGUGCCAUGUAUUGAGGUGUUGACGAGCGUGCGUGUGUAAGUGUGCUAGUGUGUGUGUGUAUGUGUGCACGUGUGGAAAAGUAUGUUUGUUGUGUCUGUUAUGUUGUUUUUUGUUCUUUAUUGAUGUUACUUUCCUUUAUUUCUUCAUUCUAUCUAUUUGCAUACAAAUUCUAUGCAUGCGUGUUUUUUCUUCUUCGCUCGUUCAGUAAAGAGCAGAGUUAAGUUUCCUUUCGUUUCGAAGAUGUCCCUGAUGCAGUGUCUUUGUUUCGUUUUGCAUUUAAGCCAAAGUGUGUGACAACAAUUAAAAAAAAACAGUGGAAGAAGAACUGUCGACAUUACGACAACUAAUAUUAUAGCAAAGAAGCAAUAUAAUAGUCCCCCUCUCUGUACAAACACAAGCACGUGUUUGUACGAAAACGAUAGAAAGGUAGAAGAGCGCUGAUAUCUCCAUCGUUAUCCGCCGGGAGCAAGAGCACGAGACGACGAGGAACAUUGGAAAUGCUUUGUUUGUAGCUGUUUUUUCUUCUUCUUUUUAACAAAUAAUAAAUCUACUUUACGUCACAAAA